AUGACACGGCCACCCUCGACCUCGCCCAACGCACCUCGCUCGCGCUCCUCCACCGCCCGCGCCCCGGAUCAGCCCACGGCCGCCGAGCUGCCCACCGCCAAAACCAACAAGAUCCCCGCCGACUCGAGCACGCGCAGCACGAGUGGGAGGACGCAGGAGAGCCGCGCCGCGCGCGCGAGCAGCUCGGGCGGGCCGGCGGGCGAGGGCGAGGUCGGCGAGGGGGCGGCGGGCGGCGCAUCGUCGGCGGGCGUGGGCGCAGCUCAGAGCGUGUCGGGCAGGGGCGAGGGGCAGCAGGAGGAGCAGAGCGACAACGAUGAGGGUGCAGAUGAUGCCGACCUCGACGACGUGUCCGUCCUUGGCGACGACGAGGCGCUCGGCGAUGACGAGGACGAGGACGUCGAGCCGCCGUCACCCGAGGCCGACGCCGCCUUCUUCGCCAAGCACACGGCGCCGCUCGUCCAGGCGUACCUCGACAAGUGCGAGACUGCUGCCGAGUUGCCCGAGCACCUGCGCAUCUGGCUGCAAGUGCAGCGUCGCGAGUACCUGCAACACGCCGACAUGUGGAAGCUCGUCUCAUCGUCGCUCAACUCGGCCAUCCUCUUGCUCGAGCGCCAGGGCGAUUGGGCCUCGAUGAGCUUCGACCGCUUCUACCAGGAGGUCUGCAAGAUCAAGCUCUCGAACGGCACGCAGGUCGAGAUCCUCAAGGCCGGCGUUAGCUUCGUCUACGCCCUGAUCACGAACGCCAACAUCUACAAGGCGUACAAGCCGAUUCUGCAGUGCGAGACGGACGACCAGCUUCUCGCCUUUGCGGUCAAGUGGAAGGUGUUGCUCAAGAACGCGCCCGAGCUCUCGACUUUUGGCCGUGCCGCGGUGUACGUCCUCUCGGCGAAGGAGCGUCGCUACGCAGGCUACACCUUCAUCACCGGUACCUCGAGGUGCGCCGCGCACGAGACGACGCCCAUCAGCGAGAAGAUGGGGAAGGCGCGCAAGGAGGUGCCCUGGGCCGAGUGGAAGAAGCAGGUCAUCUUCACCGUGCCGGCCGCUGUCAGCAACGACGCCGGCCCGGCCCUGUUCCUCGUCAUCGAGCAUCUCGUCAUCACGACGAAUGACCUCACCAACGGCAUCGGCCUCAACACGCGCCCGUUCGACAGCCACUCGUGGCGCUUCAAGUACAGCAAGCAGAACAUCAUCGACGCGCUCGAGAAGACGAUCUCGCUGUGCGACACGCUCGGUACCACCAUCUCGCCCACCUUCUUCGAGGACAACCUCGCGUCCUUCCGCACGAUCGCCGACUUCAACGCCGUGUCGCUUCACGGCAUCAUCACGGGCGCCCGUUGGACGUUCUUCAUGCGCAAGCAGAACGUGCCGGCGCACAUCUUCAAGCACGGCCGCCUCCCGAUGCCGUACCUGCCGAGGGAGGAGCGCGUCGCGCGCCGCGCAGCGCUCAAGGCGGCCGGCGAGCGCGAGGGGAUCGAGUUGGAGCGUGGGGCGUACGACGAGGUGCAGCGUGCGAGGAAGGUGCGCAAGGAGGCCGGCGCCGUCAAGCCGCACGCCGAGCGGCAGGUCAAGGCGGGGCCGGGCGGUCUCGACACGGGUUUCCUCGAUUCGUUCUUCUGAGCGUA